CAUUCGGACAUGGCACUCAGCACUUUCUUUCUCUCUUCUCUCCUUCUCCUACCAUUGAUUUUUACCAACAUUUGUUUUUUGCAGGCUGAAGAGGAUUGCGUGUAUACAAUGUACAUAAGAACCGGAUCGAUCAUAAAAGCAGGAACCGACUCUAUUAUCAGUGUCACUCUCUACGACGACUCCGGCGAGUUCGUGGAGAUCCUCGAUGUAGAGGAAUGGGGGGGAAUCAUGGAUCCCGAGCACGAUUACUUCGAGAGAGGCAAUCUCGACAUUUUUAGCGGCAGAGCACCUUGCCUGAGCUCUCCAGUUUGCGCCAUGAACUUGACCUCUGAUGGAACUGGCCCACGCGCUAGCUGGUAUUGUAACUACGUUGAGAUCACCUCCACAGGAGUCCACAGGCCUUGCACUCAACAGCUGUUCACCGUGGAGCAGUGGCUUUCCGUUGACGUGCCACCGUUUGACUUAACCGCCAUCAGGAAUAAUUGUUCUUGUACUCUGCUUAAAUCUCUUAUACUGUGAGUGUGGAGAUGGUUAAUUUUAGGCAUUGCAUGGUAAAAAAUCAACACUCUGAUUAAGUUAAUUAUCUAAUACUAAUAAAAUAACACUAAUGUUGUUUGGCUA